AUGGCUGACACACGAGCCAGGCUCCAAGCUCUCGUCCAAGAACUCAUUCCUCUCGCCGAGAAGUACGAGGAACCAGCUCCAGGCGCCUUCGGCAUCGAGGAUCCCCUAAUCACCAAAGCGAAAGAACUGAUCGCCCAAGCCCAAGCUCCAGUCGACUAUGCAACGUCCCUGAUGGUCACAACCUUGGAGGCGAUUAGCCUACGCACGCUGCUUCAACUGAACGCUCUUCAGGCGAUCCCAGCAUCAGGUAGUAUCUCGCUCACCGACUUCUCCACAAAGAGCGGCGUCCAAGACUCUCUCCUCGAGCGCCUGCUCCGCGUACCUGUGAACGCAAACUUCAUCGACCAGGACUCCACUUCAGGAGAAUACUCACACACCCAUCUCUCCCAAGGCUUCACCGACCCCAACUCCAUGCCCUGCAGACUCUUUUCCUUCAUCUACGACGAAGGUCUGGGAGGACUGAUGCCUCUCCUCCCCCAAUACCUCACGCACCAACACGCACAGACGGGCAAAUGGGAAGAACCCGGCGCCUCGCGGGACUCAACCCGCUUCAACAUCCAGACCUGGCACGCCAACGUCGAGGGCGUAAAGACCGCCUUCGAAGUGAUGGAAAUGAAUCCAGAGCGUAUGAAGAGAUUCCAAACAUCCAUGGCCAUCGGCGAACAACUCAACCCAUUCGUUGGAUACUACAACUUCGACAAACUCGCCGUCUCCUCAGACGAAGAAGAAGCGGAUCGAAAAGCCCUCGUCGACGUCGGCGGCGGGCAAGGCCUCGCCCUCGCGGCGAUCCUCAAAGCCCACCCGUCCCUCAAACCCACCCACUGCGUCCUACAGGACACGGCGCCCGUCAUCGCCCUCGCGCAGACGUCCAACCCGGCCAACCUCCCGCCAGGGAUAACGUACCAACCGCACGACUUCUUCCUCGCGCAACCCAUCCUCAACGCAAAGGCAUACUACCUCAAAGCCAUCGCGCACGACCUCAGCGACGCGAACCUCGUGGCCGUGCUGCGCGAGCUUGUGGCUGUGAUGGCGGCGGAUAGUCGGGCUCUGAUCGCGGAGAAUGUUUUGCCGGAGAGGGGUGGGAGUGGGGUUAUGGCGUUGAUGGAUUUGAUGAUGAUGGGGAUUGGGGGGAAGGAGAGGACGGAGGAGGGGUUUCGGAGGGUUUUGCGGCAGGCGGGGUUGGUGGUUGAUUGGGUGCAUAGGGCGGGUGGGGGGAGGAAUUAUGCGAUUGUUGAGGCGAGGUUGGAGUGA